GCCCUUCUCACUCCUGAGCAGAUGAUUGUGCUCACUUCAACACUCCAUGCAGCAUCUUUAAAUGCGAAACACUGAGAUCACCGGACAUCUGACGACCUCACGGGAGUUUCUUCACUUUUAACAGGUGUUUGUAUGGCCACAGGGCCCAGAAGACCAAAAACGACAAAUAUCAUUAAGCCAUGUCCAGUGGGAAAGAUGCACCUGUUACAGAAAAACAAAUGUCCCUUCAGGCCUCUCUUGAAGACUGCAUGGAGGCUCUGGACCUGUUCCUCAACAAUCACUUUAAUGAGAGUUUGGACAAACUGCGACCACGGUCCAAGGAGAGCAUGUAUCACGCUCUGAUCUACGCCACAGUAUUAGAGAUGCAAGCCAUGAUGACGUUUCAGCAUGAUGACAUAGUGCAUGCUGGGAACACCAUGAAGAGCGCUCAGGAGGUGUGCCAGAGGUUCCGUAAGAAGUCUGGCGGUCUGUCGAGCCGGGGAGCAAAUGAUGAUCUAGCAGAAGAGCAGCUUCACGCCGAGGUGUGUUACGCCGAGUGUUUGCUACACAGAGCCGCUCUCACAUUCCUUCAGGAUGAUAACAUGGUGAGUUUUAUAAAAGGAGGAAUCAAAGUUCGGAACAGUUACCUCAUAUACAAGGAGCUUAACGCCAUAGUCCAAUCAGAAACCUCUUCCAAAAGACCAAACCACAAGCAUUUAGAGGGGGGAGUCUCAUUUGGAAUUGGGGCUUUCAACUUGACUUUGUCGCUGUUUCCCGCGAGGAUACUCAAGUUGCUUGAGUUUGCGGGGUUUUCCGGAGAUAAGGAGCUUGGCAUCUCUCAGCUGUACACGGGUGCCACCUCUCACAGCCUGCGCUCCAUGCUGUGUGCUCUACUCCUGCUCUGUUUCUACACCUUCCUCUCCUUUAUUUUAGGUAGUACUGGAGAGGGAGACGUGGAAGACGCAGAGAGACUGCUGGAGCCGUUUCGCCUGCGCUAUCCACGCGGGGCGAUCUUCCUCUUCUUUGCAGGUCGAGCCGAGGAGAUCAAGGGCAACAUUGAUGAGGCGGUGGCGCUGUUCGAGGACGGCUGUAAGGCCCAGCAGGCCUGGAAACAGUUCCACCACAUGUGCUACUGGGAGUUAAUGUGGUGUUUCACCUACAAGAGACACUGGAAGAUGGCUUACUUCUACGCAGACCUGCUCUUCCAAGAGAGUCGAUGGUCUAAGGCUAUGUACAUGUAUAUGAAGGCUGCUUAUCUCAGCAUGCUUCCCGAGACGGACGUUCGGCCAUUCGGUGAUAAUGAGGCGAAUCUCUUUAGACAGGUUUCUACAUACAAACAGAAGAUAGCGGGCAAAUCACCGCCCACAGAGAAGUUCGCUAUCCGCAAAGCUCGGCGGUAUAAAGCCAGUAAUCCAGUCAAACUUCCAGUUCCUGUGCUUGAAAUGAUGUACAUGUGGAACGGUUUCUCCAUGAUCAGUAAACGCCCUGAGCUCACACAGGGCAUGAUGGAAACACUGUUAGAGGCGGAGCGCACCCUAGAGGCAACUCCAGAAAACGAGUUCACGGUGGACGACAGGUGUGUCAUCCUGCUUCUGAAAGGACUGUGUCUGAAGAACCAGGGCCACAUGCAGGCCGCAGAAGAAUGCUUUGACCAGGUUUACAGCAGUGAAAAGAAGCUGAAGUUCGAUCAUUAUCUGGUCCCUAAUGCUCUGCUGGAGAUGAGCCUCCUGUAUGUGAACACGGGGCGGAAAGAUCAAGCCAUCAAACUGCUGCAGAAAGCAAAGAAUAACUACAAAGAAUAUUCAAUGGAGUCUCGUACGCAGUUCAGGGUCCACGCCACCCUGACCAAACUGAAGGCCGAUACAAGCGACCAGGAUGAAAUCACGGUGUUGUGAGG